AUGCCUUUUAUUAAUGAAAUUCGCAUUAUUUUUCUAUAUAAAAUCAAAAGCAGAACAAAUACAUUAAGAACAGCGCGAAAUUUAAAUGAAGCUUUUGGAGAAAAUCUUAUUAGCCAAAGAGAUGAAAACUUUGAGAAUGAGGAGCAUGAGAGACCGGAAUCAGAAGUGGAUAACGAAGAGCUGAAGCGCGUAGUAGAAUCCAAUCCACGUCAAACGGUCAGAGAAAUUGCGGGGACAUUAGAAGUUUUAAAAUCUAGCAUUUCACGCCAUUUGCAGCAAAUUGAAAAAGUGAAAAAGCUAGAUCAAUGGAUACCCCAUGAACUGACCGAAAGUCAAAAAAUGUUGCGUCUUGAAACUUUCAAUAGAAAAGGGCCAAUUUUUCUUCAUGAUAACGCGCGCUCACAUGUUUCAAGAAUCACGCUUCAGAAGCUGAAUGAAUUAAAAUUUGAAACUCUCUUUCAUCCUCCUUAUUCUCCAGAUCUUUCUCCAACAGACUUCUAUUUUUUCAAGCAGUUGGACUAA